AUGGCAUUAAUAGCAAACGACUCUUUCUUCCUAACUGAAAGUAAUAUGACUAUCUUAUCGACCGGCCAAACACCAUCUUCUCUAUUCUAUGUCAUCAAUCCUACGUUAUUCGCAAUUUCCAUGAUAUUAUUAAGCGCUGGAAUCAUUGGUAAUUUCUUUGUCGUCCUGACGAUCAUUGUAGGUAAAGAAAAAUGUAAGCAAAUUGCAUAUUAUCAAAUUGGUUACUAUGCUUUUGCCAACGUUGUUUACUGCGUCUUUUUCAUGCUAUUGCAAAUCAUGACGAUGAAGCAAAAUCAAUUCUAUCAGGAAGUCUAUGUAAAGAUGCAAAGUAAUAUAUCGGUAUUACUGGAGAUGGCGUCUUCAUCUUCAUUACAUCAACAAUUAAUCGACUCGACUAUUCGUUGGCCCUACUGUGAAAUUUGUUUCUCCUUAAUGUUUACUUCAACCAUGGCAUCGACAUUAAUUCUAGCCCAUACCAGUACUAAUUGGUAUAAGACGUUGAAAAAUAAUCGUAAGAGUAGAGUUUUAACACCUAAGCGUUUAGUCUGCAAGAUGAUAUUGAUUUGGUUUGCAGCUUCUAUCCUAUCUGUACCUUAUGCACUCAUUAUAGUUAGAACGUCCACAAACAGUUCCUUAGGUUGCAGAUUUGAAAAUUAUAACUCGCCAUUGCUCCUUUGGUACGCUUUAGCAAAUGGUUUAUUUAUGGGAGUAGUCCCAGGCUUUACCAUCAUUUAUAGCUAUGGAAGAGUAAUACGUAUCUUUCAACAUAAUAUUCAUGCACUAGAAUUAGGAAUAACCUUAAACCGUCAAGAAAGUGAGUGGCAGAUUAAACAGCACUCCAUCGUGAAAUUGCUAAUGUUUGUUGCAGCAGUUUAUAUCCUAUUUAUGAUACCUUACAUUGUGGCAGUUGUCUAUAUUUCAGUGGGUCGUCAAAAGUACUUCUAUGAUCCAAAAGAUGAUGUUUAUCUCUUUGAAUUUUAUAAUAUUCCAUCCACUGCCGUUACCAUUUUGUUUGCCUUGAAUCCGAUGAUUUAUAUGGCUUAUAACCAAUUAAUGAAGAAGGGGUUCCGAUGUUCCUAUUUUUUAUCUUAG